AUGAGUAAAAUCCCCGAAGACAACCCCCAGGUAGACACACUGGACACAACUCCAGAGGUGCUGAGCUCCCUGGCCACGUUCAUCUGUGCGUGCGGCAUGAUGGGCAAUGGCCUGGUGCUCUGGCUGCUGAGCUGCCGGGGUCCAAGGACCCCCUUCUGCAUGUACGUCCUCCACCUGGCCGUGGCUGACCUCCUCUUCCUCCUCUGCACGGCCGUCACGCUCUAUCUAGAAACCCCCGUGCUGGCCUACGAGGUGAUGCAGAGAGUGAAGUUCUUCGCCUACACCGCCAGCCUGAGCCUGCUGACGGCCAUCAGCACGCAGCGCUGCCUGUCUGUCCUCUUCCCCAUCUGGUACAAGUGUCACCAGCCCCAGUACCUGUCAGCCGUGGUGUGUGCCCUGCUCUGGGCGCUGUCCCUCCUGAUGAACGUGCUGGCCUCACUCUUCUGCAGCAUCCUGGUACGGCACUCUGUCUUCAGCUUCCUCAUUAUGGGGAUCUUCACCCCGGUGAUGACCCCGUCCAGCAUGACACUCUUCGUGCGGGUGCGGAGGAGCUCGUGGCAGUGGCGGAGGCGGCCCACGCGGCUGUACGUGGUCCUCCUGGCCUCCGUCAUGGUGUUCCUCGUCUGCGCCCUGCCCCUCGGCAUCAGCUGGUUCUUCCUCUACUGGCUGGACGUGCCCCAGGAACAGAAGGCUCUAUUCCACCACGUGGCAUGCCUCUCGUCAGCCCUGAGCAGUAGUGCCAAUCCUGUCGUCUACUUCGUGGUGGGCAGCCAGGGUCACCGGGGCCGGUGGGUGCCCCUGGGGGCCGUACUCCUCAGGGCGCUGAGGGAGGAGCCUGAGGGGGAGGGGAGGGAGACACCCUCCACCGGCACCAACGAGCUGGGGGCCUGA